CUCGCCCUGCUCAAGACCCGGCUUGUUGCCUCCAAACCCACUGACUUGCAGAAGUCGUCCUUGGAUGCAGAUUAUGCCGCUCUUUUACACCUUCUCCAUCACACCUACACCUCGGGGUCUUCCGACGACCAAUGGUUCAUUCUUUUGAACGACUCCUUGGCUGUGUGUUUGCUUCGAAUGGCUCAGCACUCACGCAACUCCCUGUCUGCUUUUGAGGUCCUGCAAGACCAAAUUACGGCCAUAUUGGACUAUGUCAUCCGGUACGUGAACCACAAAUCAGCACCUCUUAUCAACUCGUUGACAGCUCUCGUGACCAAGGCAAUUUCGUUCUAUACUAUAUCCAGCAAGGAGCAGCUCCACGACAGUUUGCAGCUGGCGAUUCCCAAAAUUUUGUCCCAGAAGUUGACCAAGAAUCUCUUCAACGUGCUUGAACUUGUGAUUCGAAGCUUGCCUGAUAAGCAGAAGGUUCUCCAGAAGCAUCCAGAAAUUCCCAGAAUGUGCAUCGAAGCCGCAGGCGACGAUCAAGUGGCCAAUUCUGCCAGCAAGACAUUUGUCACCCUCUUCACGGGAUUGUACAAUGCUCAAGAUGGCACUAACACCUGGUAUGCCCUCUGGCGGGAUUUGGUUCUCGAGGGACUUUCCGAUGAAAAAACUCGUUACAAUUUGGUUACUUAUUUGUUGCCAUACUUGGUCCAACCUCAGCCAUCGACGUUGAGUAUGCUCAUUUCCGAAUAUUCCGGUCCCAAUAUUAAUAAAGACUUGUCAUCCAUGGACAUCAUAAUGAACCUUUACAAGCUAGCGCAAGAGAAGUCUAUCAGUUUUGAGCUUCCUAGCAAUAUUUCAUCCUUUUUGAACCAUUACGACCCAAAAAUCAGACUCAAUGCAUUAUCGCUCGUACUUGGAGGUUCCGCCAAAAACUCAAAGUCUUUGCCUAUCCCCGAUGAAACUUACCAGAUAAUCAGGGAAUCCCGGUGCAUUGACACUUUCAUGAAUGACUAUGAGGAUAUUGAGUCCAGAAACAAAUUCGUGUCACUUAUCACCCAUUUCUUGGGUUUCAGGUUCAAAGAAUCCAUGUACUCUCUUAAUAAAGAGUUUGGUAAACUCAUUAAAAAAGACAUAGACCCAGACAGGCAACAGGAAAUUGCCCAUUUUCUUGAAUCAGGUAAUUUAUUCAUAGACUGGUUGAUCGAAAACCUAACAGCAUAUCUCAAUCCAGCAUCCAAUUAUUCCCAAUUAAUUACCGCAAUCCAGCUAUUGGCAUCUAUCUCCUCAAAGCUAAGCGACAUGAAGAAUUGCAACAUAUACAGAGACAAGUUGAUCCACUUUCUAAUCCAAAAUCUCUUCAACAACUAUGAAAAUAUAAGGGAAAUGAGUUUUGACCUAUUAACUUCUUGUGAUCCAGCAGUCAUUGACAAUUUUUUUGAGUCAAGUCAACUUCAGGCUCAAUUAGUCAACCAGUCAUAUACCAUAUUGACUAGUCUUACGGGAAGAAAAAGUGAUGGUGCAGCGAAGUUCUUUGAGUUUUUGACAAUAUACCACUUGAACAUGAAUGCUUUUGAUAAGAUAACUCGUAUAAUCGAUUCCAUGAUAGUGAGAAUGUCUUACGGAAUCAACUUGUUGAAAGAAGGCUCGAAUUUAGAACGUUCAGAAAUUUACAUCCAUGGUUACUUCAAAUCAAUGAACUUGAUGCUCAACAGAUUAACCAGUUCUCACUUGGAUUACAUCAAAAUGAUUUCAGCAACUAUAAUCGACCUCAUAUUUGACAUUUGGACACUAGUCGAGCCUAUUUUGUCAAAUUCUUCUCUCGAGGAUGAAGAAGACGUAAUUGACGACGAUAAAAUCUUGUUGAAUUACGCUUGGAAAGUAAUCAAAGACUCCAAUAUCUUGUUGUCGCACAUCUUAAGCAUGAAUGUGGUGGAUGAGGACAUGUUUUUGAGAUGCAGCGAACUAAUUAUGACUCAAUUGAGCUCAGUCAAACAUAAAGGUGCAUUUUCAUCGAUCUAUCCAUCAUUUAUCUCCACUUGCGAAAUGUGUUUUAAGUCUGCUGAUCUUAAACACUAUCCAUUCAAGUGGUUGAAAGAAAACUUAAAGCUAAUCGAAAGCAAGGAACAAUUCAUUUCUAGAAGAUCUGGUGGGAUUCCUUUCUUGAUUACCGGAAUUCUUGUCAAUGAAAAUGAUGCUCCUGUUGAGAGGCACAUCCUUCUUCAGUAUUCAUUUGAUUACUUGCUUUCUGUGGCUGAAAGGCCAUUCUUCCAUGAUUCAAAGAAUGACAUACCUCAGGUUCAUGCCUUCAACUGCAUUAAACAAAUUUUCAACGAAACCACAUUGUCUAGAGAGUCAUUAGACUAUGUCGAAACUUCGUUAGUGCUUGCUUUGAGCAACUUUCAUUCGGAGAACUGGUCAAUUAGAAAUUGUGCAGUGAUGUUAUUUGGUACAAUACAAAGAAGAAUAUUUGGCACCAGAAAUGAAUCAAGAUAUCCCUAUAAGUUAUUCUUUGAAAGGUUUCCCCAGUUAGAUCAAAUAUUGCACAAAGAGUUGUGCAAUGUCCUCGAAGAAGAUUCUGCUCAGGACAUAUUCCCUGUAAUUAUCAUUCUCCUGAAAUUGGAUACUUCAUCAGUGGCAGAUGUUUCUAUUUUGGCAAAGUAUAAGCCUUUACUAGUGAGGUUGUUGGCAAACAAAUAUUGGAAGAUUAGAGAAAUGCUUGCCAACUGUAUUUCUACUUUCUUUAGUGAUGGUGAGUUAUUUGAACUCUCCAUGAGAUUCUUUGGACAUCAAAAUGAAGGAUCUAUGGAUUUCAUCUCUAAAAUUGAGGACCUUCCUAAUCUAAACGAAGCACAAGGUUACCUUAGGGUUAUUAGCGAAAGUUAUUCCCGAUUAUCGUUGGAUGACAAGAGGAAGUUAAAGCAAGCAACGUUGAACAAAUUGGAAUAUGUGUUAGCAAACUAUCAAUCACCUUAUAUCGUGAAGGCUUUCCUUGAUAUUAUUGUUCAAUUUAACGAACAAAUACCAUCUGAAAGCUUAGAUCUUCUUGGAAAUUACUUGGUUAAUUUGAUUGUGGGUGAUGAUGAUAGGCUUGAUGGGGGUAAGCAAUUGGUGAUGGCUGAAUUGAUCGGUUUCUUGCUUACUAACUAUCAGAAAUACUACCUGAAUGAUGAUAAGGAGAGGACUGUUGACCUCAUAAGAUUAGGACUUGCUUGCACAGAUGCAUUUAGAGUUCAAGAGUCAACGAUAGAGUACAUUAAACUGAAUUUUGAGAUGCUUAAAUCGGAGGUGGUGCAUUUAGUGGCUGAAGAUCUCAUUGAGUUGAUUGGUAACGGGAAAAACUUUGACUAUGUUAGAGCCCAGGGCUUGGGAUUAUAUUCGAAGAUUUUGGAAGAAGGCAAUGCCAUUAACUUGACGCAAUCAAAAAGGUUUAUUGCUUUCCUUGACCCCUCUUUUACCGAAGACAUUCAAUUGAACUCGCUCAAAUGUUUGGCGUCUUUAGCUCUGCAGCUUCUGAUAGCGGACCAAGAUAGAUUUAUUGAUGAGUGUCGCCAGCUUUGUGACGACUCAAAAUCGUUUAAAUACCGAUUGACUGCGAUUGAAUCUCUUGUCAAGGGCCACAGUACAUUCAAGCUGAGUGAAAAUCUCCAAAAGUCAAGGAUGGAGACUUUGCUUGUUUUUAGGGGAUUGUAUGACGACGAUGAAAGCAUCAGGGGAAUUGCUGCUGGGUAUUUGUCUUCGUAUCUUGGGAUGUCGGUGAAGACAAACCCCAGUUCAUUGGCUAACCAAUGCUUGCCAUUGCUUUUAAGCAAAGGAGGGCAGUUCAAGAGGGCCUUGGUGGAGGAAUUUCAACGUCACACCUUGGACGUAAACGAAGUGGAGAAGUUGGAUAGCAGCACAAUUGGGGAGACACUCUUUGAUGUUGAGAAUUCCAAUCUAUACAUCAACAAAGUCGAG